GGCUGCUUGCGGUAGUAUGCAUGUUGUGCCCGUCCCUGCCAAUUUCCGCAAGCUCCGUCUGACUAGGUGAUUAGCGUUCCUUCGAGACUCAGCAGUAAGCAAGUCUGACGCUUUUUUAUAAAGCUUCAACAUUCCCCUCUUUCUCGGCUCUUGCUUUGCUCAGCUCAUUCAAUAAGAUAGGUGUCAGACUUCAAUCGAUACCUACUACGUCUGCGACACAUUGUUACCCACCUAUUUCUCUCAACCCUCACCAACCCUCAAUCAUCAACAUGUCCGCGAACGACUACUACGGCGGCGGCGGCGGCGGCCACAACCAGAACCAGGGAUACGGAGGCCAGCAAGGAUACAACCAGGGUGGUUAUGCCCCUCAGCAGCCCACCUAUGCACAGGGCCAGCAACACCACGGUGGCGGCGGCUACCCCCAGCAGUCGCACUCCCCGUACCAGCAGGGCGGUGGCUAUAACGCCCCUCCCCAGCAGCAGCAGCAUCAGCAGCAGCAGCACGGAUACGGCGGACCCCAACAACCAACCUACGCCCAGGGCAACCAACACCAGCAAAGCUACGAUAACCGAGACAGCUUUGCUCACAACCAGCAAGUGCAAUAUGGCGCACCUCAGCACGGCGGGCAGUCUCAAUACGGCGGCCAGCCUCAAUAUGGUGCUGGUCCCGGCGGUCCCGAUCAGGACAAGGGCCUCGGUGCAACAUUAGUCGGUGGCGGAGCGGCCGGAUGGGCGGCGCACAAGGCCGGUGGCGGUCUCCUCGGAACCCUCGGCGGUGCAAUUGCUGGCGCUGUUGGUGCAAACAUGUUGGAGAAGGCGGGGAAGAAGCAUAAGAAGGAGAAAAAGAACAAGCACAAGAAGGACCCGUACCGCAAGCGCAGCGGUAGCAGCAGCUCCAGCUCCAGCAGCGACUAGAGGGCUCUCCUAUGAUUUCCUAAAUACUUCUGGUGCCCAAACUUGGAUGAUACCCCCCCCGCGAUUCAAUCUCUGUCAAGCGCACCGGGAGAACGACUGCCGACGAAUGCUUGGAUUUUCAUGACUUCCACACAAUAGACGUUAAUGUAUUAUUAGCCACGAAUGACAACACUUGCCAAUGGACAAAUACAAAUGAAUUGCAUCG